UACACUGCUCAGGAAGAGAGAAGAAAACAAUGAAUUCGUUGAAGCUGUUGACCCAUUUCGGCGAUAAAUUAAUCGAGUGGAAAAGUGAUGCUCUGGGAUUCGAUCCACGGAUUCAAUUUUCAAUAAUAGUGAGAAACACGCAACACCUCUCCCUCUUUCUCUAUCCGAUCGAUCGAGCUGAGCUGAAGUAAGUAGCUCACCUUCUCCUCUUCGCCUUCGCCUUCGCCUUCGUUUCCGUCGUCUUCUUCCUCGUCGGCCGUCGAUCGCCAUGUCCAAGAAGAUCGUGCUCAAGGUGGACAUCGUCCGGCCCAAGUGCAAGGCGGCCGCCAUGGCCAUCGUCGCCAAGAUCCCAGGGAUCAAGUCGCUGGCGGCGGACGAGGAGAAGGGGACGAUGACGGUGGUGGGGGAGGUGGACGUGGUGCAGGUGGUGAGCGAGCUGCGCAAGGCCAAGUUCGCGGCGGAGGUCGUCAGCGUCGGCCCGGAGAAGGAGCCCGACCCGCCCAAGAAGCCCGACCCUCCCAAGAAGCCCGACGAGCCCCCCUGCAAGCCGCCGCCGCCGCCGUCGCCGUGCUGCCCCGGCUGCAACUCCUGCCGCCCCUGCCAGUGCGCCGCCGCCCCCGCCGGCGUCGGGGGCGGCCGCGGCGUCGUCGUCUACGAGGACGAGGCCGAAGGCUACGGCUGCAUCAUCGUUUGACUUUUCUUCUUCUCGCUCGACCAUUGGGAUAUUUUUCGAUGCCUUUUUCUUUUCUCCAAAUUAAAUUAAUAUUACACUUGA